GGGAAUGAAACAAUCAGCCCUCACCACUACAGUCUACACAAAUCCAUCCAAAAAUGGCAGCCAAAUCGCUGCUAUUCCGCCCUAACGUCGCCGCCCUAUGUCUCUCCGGCAGCCGCUCCUUUCUCCGCCGAGCUCCCUCGCCGAUGAUGAUCUCGACGUCGGCUACAACCUCCAUCCGCUCGCUACUCAGCCGGAGCCUCGGUCGUUCCUCCUCUGCUUUUGCAAUCAGGCGGAAUUUCUGCGUCCAGGCGACCGACACUCCGUCCCCAAUCGAAGUUCCUUUGAUGAAAACAAUGGAGAAGAAGAUCAAGGAACAUUUGAGUGCAGACUCAGUUGUUGUGAAGGAUGCUUACGGUGAUGGUCGCCAUGUCAGCAUAGAUGUCAUAUCCUCAUCUUUUGAGGGGCAAUCGGCUGUGAAUAGACAGAGGGCCGUAUACAAGGCGAUAUGGGAAGAACUUCAGGAUAGAGUGCACGCUGUCGACCAGAUGACUACACGGACUCCAUCUGAAGCAGCAGCAGGGAAGUGACGAAGGAUUAGUUGCGAUUUCAUCGACUUUGUCGCCCUUGUACCAAUAGUCUUAUAUUCUUGUGUCUUGUUCUCUCUGAAUAAUGUAAAAGUUUGAUAUUUUUUGAGUGAGAAACUCAAUAAGGAAUUUGCACUUCGAACUAUGGGUAAUAAUAUGAGACCUCAUAAAGGUGGAUUCGACAUUCA